CUUAUAUAAAGGCCUGCAGCCGCUUUGUUCGCUCUCUCAUUGCGCAGUUGCAGCUCAGUCCGCGAGGACGGGAACGGGAGGGGAGGUCCUACUAAAGUCAAAAUGGUUGAAGCGGAUCGUCCUGGGAAACUGUUCAUUGGUGGACUGAAUACAGAGACAAAUGAGAAAGCUCUUGAGGCUGUAUUUGGCAAAUAUGGGCGCAUUGUGGAAGUUCUCUUGAUGAAGGAUCGUGAAACCAACAAGUCCAGAGGAUUUGCUUUUGUCACAUUUGAGAGCCCAGCAGAUGCAAAGGAUGCUGCCAGAGAUAUGAAUGGAAAGUCACUAGAUGGGAAAGCAAUUAAAGUGGAACAAGCAACCAAGCCAUCCUUUGAAAGUGGUGGUAGACGUGGGCCACCGCCCCCUCCAAGAAGCAGAGGUCCUCCCAGGGGCCUUAGAGGUGGAAGAGGCGGAAGUGGAGCAAGAGGACCACCUUCAAGAGGGAGUCACUUGGGCUCUUCUAGAGGGCCACUUCCAAUGAAAAGGGGUCCACCUCCACGAAGUGGCGGACCUCCACCUAAAAGAUCGGCACCUUCAGGGCCAGUGCGUAGCAGUAGUGGAAUGGGAGGGAGAGCUCCUGUAUCACGUGGAAGAGACAGUUAUGGUGGUCCUCCACGCAGAGAGCCAAUGCCAUCACGGAGAGAUGUCUACAUGUCGCCAAGAGAUGAUGGUUAUAGUACAAAAGACAGUUAUUCAAGUAGAGAUUAUCCAAGUUCAAGGGAUACAAGAGAUUAUGCGCCACCUCCAAGAGAUUAUGCAUACCGUGAUUAUGGUCAUUCCAGCUCACGUGAUGAGUACCCCUCUAGAGGAUACAGUUUUUCUUCUUAUAGUGAUCGUGAUGGCUAUGGUGGUGGACGCGAUAGAGACUAUUCAGAUCAUCCAAGUGGAGGCUCUUACAGAGAUUCAUAUGAGAGUUAUGGUAACUCACGUAGUGCUCCACCUGCACGAGGGCCCCCGCCAUCUUAUGGUGGAAGCAGUCGCUAUGAUGAUUACGGCAGUACACGAGAUGGAUAUGGAAGUCGAGAAAGUUAUUCAAGCAGCAGAAGUGAUGUCUACUCAAGUGGUCGUGAUCGUGUUGGAAGACAAGACAGAGGUCUUCCCCCUUCCAUGGAAAGGGGUUACCCUCCUCCCCGUGAUUCAUACAGCAGUUCAAGCCGCGGAGCACCCAGAGGUGGUGGCCGUGGAGGAAGCCGGUCUGAUAGGGGUGGAGGCAGAAGCAGAUACUGAAAAACAAUCAUAAACUUUUGGACCAAGACAGAUUACUUCUCACAAACCCAAGUGGAAGUUGUUCUAUCUUUACUACCAGAGGACUACUAAAAGGAAAAGUUGUUCUUACCUUUUUUUAUUGUUGCCUGUUAAGUUUCCCCCUCCAUGAUUUUUAUGCUUUUGUGAGGAAAAGUUAAAACAAUGUUUAAUUUCAUUUCAAAAUUGUUAACAUUUCUUUCAAAAAGCAGAUGUUAAAUGUAUAAAAGUUGAGCUGUGUACUAGUGUUGUAACUUUCAAAGUAAAAGUUUCCCUGAAAUGCCA